AUGUUUCUCAAGUUAUUACGUUUAGCUGUACUAAUUGUUGUCACAGGUGAAAAUGUCAUUGGCCUUUCAGCUGUGGCAUCGCCCACUGAAGCAAUGAAAUUCUGUCAAAUAGUACCAGACAUCAUUGACGUUGAACCCAAAGUGGAAGCCACAGUGAUCUUUCCCUCUGGCGUCCGAAUGCUGAUGGGCGCCGAACUGACGCCCACACAAGUUAAAGAUCAACCAGUGAACAUUUCCUUUGCAGGCCUGGACUCUCACUCACUAUACACACUGACCUUUGACGACCCUGACGUGCCAAAUCGAGCCGACCAAAGAAAGGCAGAGUUUUUACACUGGCUGGUAGUGAACAUACCUGCAGGUGGACAGUUCUUGGACACUACAAAGGGUGACACCUACACGGAGUACGUUGGCUCAGGACCGUGGCUAGGCAGUGCCUUUCACCGCUAUACAUUGCUCAUCUUUAAGCAAGCAAACAGACUGACCUUGAACCGAACUAGAGUCAGCAAUCACAGUAAGGAGGGCAGAAUUGGCUUUAAGGUACGAGAGUUCGCAAAGCAGUACAGCCUGGGCAACCCAGUUGCAGGAAAUUUUUUCCACGCACAGUUCGACAGCUCUGUGCCCAAUAUUACCAAACAGUUGUCGGGAAAGUGA